AUGAGUGAAGUGUAUCCAGAGCUACAUUCCUUGCCGGAUGAGUGUUGGCUUCCUUCUACUCUAACAUCACUUGUAAUCGGAGGCAUGCCUAACCUCACUUCUCUCUCUAAGGGUAUCCACAACCUCACCUCUCUUGAUAUCCUGCUUAUCCAAGAUUGCCCUAAUCUUCGUUCCUUGCCUGACAAAAGGACACUCGACACACUCUCAAGGCUAAUGAUCACAGAGUGUCCACUUCUUGAACAACGGUGUUUGAAGGAUAAAGGAGCAGAUUGGCACAAGAUCGCUGACAUCCCUUGUAUUGUCAUGGGGGACUCUUUUAAUGAGCACUUCAACAAUGAGUUUAGGUUUGAUGAUUCAGGUAUGAGAAGUAUCAUGUCUGUGAUAGAGUUGAGGAGGAGGAGAGAAAGGCCAACUACACUACCAAGAGGAGAGUCUCUUCGAGAGAGCAUCAAGCGUCAUGAGCAUUUCCUUGCUUUACAACUAGGCCUAAAACUGGGACAAAAGGUGUCUGAUGCAGGAUGUGGAAUUGCGCCUUUGGCAGUGAAGACACUAGGUGGCGUCCUGCGCAAUAGACGUAGCCCAAGAGAGUGGAAAGACGUACUCGAUAGUGAAAUCUGGGAUUUACCGGAGGAUAAGAGCAGCAUUCUUCCAACUCUGAGAUUAAGUUAUCAUCACUUACCUUCUCAAUUAAAGCAAAUGUUUGCAUACUGCGCCAUAUUUCCAAAGGACUACGAGUUUGACAAGGACGAAUUAGUAUUGUUAUGGAUGGCUGAAGGAUUUCUGCAACAAUCACAAGGAGUGAGGAAACUCAUUGAAGAGUUAGGCGACGACUGUUUCAAUGAGUUGUUAUCAAGGUCAUUCUUCCAACCUUCAAGUAGCACGAAAUCAAAAUUCACGAUGCAUGACCUUUUGAAUGAUCUAGCUCAACAUGUUGCUGGAGAAAUAUGCUUUAUGAUGGAAGAUAAUACGGAGUGCAUUGAACGGUGUAGGAUUUCUCCGAAGGCUCGCCACUCGGCAUUCAUGCACCAUGAGUAUGAAAUGUAUAAAAAGAACCAUAGCCCCCAAUAA